UCAGCCCAUGCAUUCCAGCUAAUGCAGUCCAGGCAGCAAUGACAGCCUGAAGGUUGCAGCAGCAUCGGGAUCAGCAUUCCAAGUGCACCAAUCUUACAGUCUGGAGUGAUUUUACGUGGAGCUGUUCUUUAUUUGCUGAGCCAUGGCCAGUAACCAGGCCAGCCUGCAGGAUGAUCAGAGCAGGCACUGCAAGUUCUUAUCCUAUAUGUUCUACCAGGCUGUGAGAGAUCACAAGCCUGUGUGGAUGCUGGAAGACAUGAGAACUAUGGAGUAUUUUUACUGGGAGGAAAAUGCCAGCCUACGAACCUACUCACCUUCAGAAGCCCUUCUCUAUGCAGUGGUGCAUAAUCACCUGCCUUAUGCUCAGUAUCUGCUGUCUCAUUUUCCAGAGGAGGCUCUCAAGGUGCCUGGGGAACACUUCUGCUAUUGCCCAUCCUCUGCUCCUCACCUGGCUAUGGCGGUCACAUAUGACAGGAGAGAUAUCUUGGGACUGAUCAUCAAAAUUGCACACAAGCUUCCCAGCUUGAACUCCUAUAUCAAUAGGGCUGGCUGCUUUCAUCUGGAAGAUGGGAAAACACCCCUGCACCUUGCCUGUGAACUGCUGAGGUCAGAGACGGUCCUCAUCCUCCUUGGGAAUGGAGCAUCUCCCAGGAUAGAGGACAGUAAAGGGCUUACCCCGCUGGACGUCAUCCUGGAGCAGAUGUGGGACUCCAAAGUCAAUGUCGCAUCUAAGAAGCUCUGCCUCGACUACCUCUUGCUCUUCAUGCCCAACCCACAGUUUAAGAUGCGGAAAGUUCUGCAGGAGCAUCCAGACCACUGGACAGCUUUGCUGGGAGAAGACAAAUUCAACAGCCUCGUGGGGAACACACCUGCUUCUUUAUAUCUGCAAGCUAUGCAAACUAUUCUCCAGUCUCUUCCCCCUUCCCACUUCCCUAAAAGCAUCCAGGAACUACCUAUACCUCAGGCACUAAAGCCCUUACCAUCCUAUGGCAAAAAGCUACCAGCAAAAAAUGUGGUAAAUGUGUUUCCUUGACUUUAUUCAAUGGGUCUUGGAUUUUCCAAGGUGACUUAGAGGAGCUGGUUAUCCACUACCCUCUGCAUUUUAGUGUGAUUUUAGUACUUAACCUAUUAGGCUAUGCUGGAAAAUCCAAUAUUUUGUGACAAGAUUUUAAAUGUCUUUUCUAACUGAUUGCAGGCACGGCACUUUUAAAGGCAAAAGCCUUCCUUGUUUUUUGUUUUGUUGUGCAUGUGAAGGGUUAACUGUAGUUGAGACUGUGUUAUGUUUGGUUUCUUAGUUGUCAGCUGGUAUCAGUGUAUCUGAAUUCCCAAUAUGAUAACUGCAUCCUGUGUAAUGCACCUGGGUUAAAAGGAACUACGUACCCAGUGGGAUUUUUAAAUGGUGUCACUGCUAGAGCUGGGAGAAAUACCAUCUCCUACCAACAAGGUUCAAACAUCAAGUUUCCUUUCUAACAAUGCUCAAGCAUCAUUAGUAAUAACCACAAAGUGCAUAGCUGAUAUUGCAGGGAUGCAGAGUUACCAGUAUUCCUGCAGGAUAACUGAUCCUACCAAGUUACUUUACGGCAGGCCAUGGUGUGGAGGGCGUGAGUUCAGAGAGGGGCAGUGUGUGUACAUUCCUGGGGGAUGGGGGAUAAAGAUCCACGGAAUAGCUAAUGGAAAGCAUCCAGUCUUACCUGGGAGUGAGGGGGUUAAAGGCAAUCCCAGCCCUGAUGCCUCUACAGACUUGUGCAAUGGGGAAGGAACCAUUUUCCUUGCUGUCCAGUAAACAAAUGGCAAUCGGAGCAGGAACAUUGGGAGCCCUGUCUUUCAUAUGUGACAUUAUUUCUCCUUGACUUGUGUUUUGGAACACAUCUCUACAGGAGAUGUAGCUUGCUAACUUGAUUUCCCUGUGGGUCUCAGAGCCACAGGCAUUUGUUACUUAUCUAAGCUGUGAUAUGAUGUUCUGCUGUUAAAAGUUGUUACUUGCUGUCAGAGUAUUUUUACCACCCAGGUCUAGACAGAAAUCCUUAGCCUGGAAGUUACAAAAUGUUCCCAUUGACAGCACUGCAGGUAGGGUGAAUUUGCAGAAAGCGGGGCUGGGUCUGGGCAGCCUUCUGGGUAGCUCUGAAUCACGCUGCCCUCUCUGCUCAAGGCACUGGUCCUGCUCUCCUUGCUGUUCUCAGCAUUAACAGGGCAGUGGCAGAAUCCCAGCUCCCUUUGGGGGACAUCCCUUAUUUUGGACAGCAGCAUUCCCCACUCCUUGUAAGCACAACCCUCUGCUCUGCUGAAGUAGCACAACUCACUUCCCCCGUCUGCACUGGGCAGCAGUGGAGAACUGACUCUCCUCUUCAGCUGGAUUUGGAGCUCAAGGCUGUGGGGCACAAACUACUUUCUACAGGCAGUAGCUAAGAAAGAUGUGCAGUCAAGUCUCAACUGCUUUGUGCAAAAAUGGCUCAUGUCUCAUCCAGCUUAUUCCUUGCCUGUGCCAAGGAGGCCAUGCUGGACCUGUGCCCAUCUUUCUGUCAGCAGAGGAAGAACUUCCAUUUAGUUUCCCUCUGCAUGGGCUAUCUCCUGUGUGCCAGGACACUGGCAAUGCCGGCUAUGGCCAGGUGGAGAUUUACUGUGAGGCUGCAGAACAUGCUGCUCACAGCCACCUGGACCAUCCUUUCUGGGACACUGGGAUGCUCCUCUCAGCCAUCUCUUCCUGCAUGCUGUGGGAGGACCUCAGUUCCAGUGCCACCUGUGCUAGGCCAGGUGAAUGAACAGGCUUGCUUGUGAGUUGGAGAAAAUGUCAGCCCAGCCCUAAAAGUGGUAAGCAGGCCAUGAAAGGGUUAACCCUUCUCCUGAAUUCCCACAUCUCUGGUGCUAUAGUGUCCCUCCACCUCUGCGCUGGGGACUUGAAUGUCCUUCUCCAUCUGUGUCUAUUGCUCCUUGUUCGAUGGGGAAGGCUGUGGAAGAACGGGGAAAUCCAGGGUCAGCACUGAGCGACGGUUUUGGGGGAAGCCUGCGCUUGACAGCCUGUGCUGCAGACAGAGGCUGUCACAGCUUGGGAAGCAAAGCAGAGCCCAAGGCAGAUUUGCAUUAUAAGUGGUGGCUCAGCUGCUUCUGCCAAGCCCUCAGGCUCCCCAGCACUGGCACAUACUCUCCCAAAAACUCGGAGAGACUGUGCAGAGCACGGCCCCUGUGGCACCCCGGGAGUCCCAAGGAGCAGGAUUGGGUUUGUCCCCAGCAGCACUGCGGUAUCUCAUCCGGAUGUUGGUGGGUGAGAGGUGGAGGAGGCUGCUGAAGGAUAUUAUUAGAAUAGUAAUUAGGUCCUGGCAGCAGAGAUCCCAGGAAAGGAGGAAAUGGAAAUCAUCCAGUGCUAUUGCACUGGCUCGAAACCAUGUGAGUUUCAGUGCUGUGAAGAGUUUCAGAAAAGACAGGAGGGAGGGGAGGGCUGUUCAUCUUACAAAUCCAAGGAGGCAGGUAGGGACUGUUGGCAUUAAUGGAGAGCACUUUCUAUUAAGGCAGGAGGCCACGCUCAGAGAGCCAGAGCAGCCCACUGGGAGCAAGUGAGUGUAAAAUGGUGCAGGGGUCUCUUGUUGGCUGCAAUAGUUGUGGAUCAAUGCAGAGGUCAGGAAUCAGGUGCUUUAUGGGAGGGUUUGUAGCAGACAGCAGGAUGCUUGUGUGCAUGCAUUUGUCCAUGUGGGAAGCUCCCCUCAAUCUACCUGCCAAGAGAGAGAAUUUAAGAUGAAUUGUCUUGGAAUAGUUUCUUUCCUGUGACUGGUGCCCCAGCCUAGAAGAAAGCUGCUGGUCCACUGUUGGCCAACAUGUAAAAAUUCCAGUGUGUCCAGCCCAGAGUUUAACAGGCAAGUACCCACACAGGAAAGAUCGCUGCACAGUCCCCUCAUUUCUCCUUUGCCUGACAAUUUUAGCAAGAGAUUGAGCACCAGCUGGCCCUCAAUCACAUCACAUACCUCCCAUGACCAGUCCCAGUGGGCCAAAGUUUAGGGUCUUUAGCACUGUGGUGACAACUCUUUCCAUUGCCUGUAGCAAUAUGACUGCAGGAUGGGCACUCCUGCUGGAAUAGGGGAAUCUUCUCCCUAGACCCUGUUUGCUUAUAUUGUGGUGAUCUGCCUGUUAAUUUGAGAUUCUAUUCGUCUUCUUGGUCAAUAUAGUGACAUUACAUCAGAUAUGGCCAAAUCUACCUCAGCCCUGUCUGUGUUGGCUUUUUCUCUCUGUUCUUUCCAAGCCAGGUCAUUAGCAAAAGUAAACUCAAAAUAUUUUGCAAUAUUUUCCUGCAAUCUGAUCGUCUUGAAAAAUCCCUAUGCUUGCAUGGCAAAUAUGUUGGUGACUUUGUUAAUCAAAAAGGGUGCUGGGUGCUGUGCGGUGAUGUUUACAUUCUUCAUAUCUGCAUACUGAGUAAGUGUUGCUCAGCUCUGUAUUUCUGAACUUGGGAAAAAGAAUAAACACAAGAGAGAAAUGGGGA